AUGGUAGAUGCUUCUGUAUUUGAAUGUGGGCUUUGUCUUCAGCCUUAUAAUGAAGGCGCACAUAAGCCAGUUUCUCUUCCGUGUGGUCAUGUGUUUUGCCAAGAGUGCACAAUAAAACAAUCACGGAUAGAUCAUAUAGUAUGCCCUAUUGAUAAAACAAGGCACGAUGUUAACCCUUAUCAGUUGCCUUGCUGCUUUGCUAUUUUAGCAAAUCUGCCUACACAUAAGCCAAAAGAAGUUUGCUGUUCUAGACAUCCAAAGCGAAAAAUCAAAUUUCAAUGCAAAACACAUGAAAAAUAUUUAUGCUCAGAAUGUAUUAUAGAGCACACAGGAUCCGGGCAUAACGUUGUAGCCUUUUCGAUAAGCGUAAAUAUGAUCAGACAGGAAAUGAAUGAAAUUGAAGAAGCGUUUGAGUUCAGAUAUGAAGAAAUCGAUGAAAUAGCUAAAAAUUUGGAAAAAACUGAGAAAAGUUUUAAAGAUUUCUAUGAUAAAGAAAUGGCAAAAAUAAGCAAUGAAUAUGAUUCUGCAAUCAAAGUUUUGCAGCAAAGGAAAAAAGAUCAAAUUGCAGCUCUUUUGAAAUGCAUGGAAGAGCAAGGAAAAUUGCUAGAGAAAACAAAAGCAAAAGUAAUGAAGGUUGUAGAUAGUUCUAGCCGAGUUAAACAAGAAAUAGGGUCAUUAAGAGAGCAUUUUAAUACCCAGAGUUAUGAGCAGUUUUCUAAUCAAGUAAGAUUAAUCAAGCAAGAGCUUAAAUAUAUAGAAAGCUCUGAGCAAGUCCCAGAUAUACAAUAUUGGUCCUUAAAAGACCAAAUUCAAAUUUCGGGAGGAACCAUACAACAAGUGCUAGCUGAAGAUGACUCAUUAAAGGAAAACCGAUAUAUGCUGAUUAUAUAGAAUUAAUCCUUUGCCAAGAAAUAAUUUAUAAUAUUUUUUAAUUAGAGUAUAAUUAAAUUAUAUUAAAAUUUUUUAAAAAGGUAUAGAUACCUAGAAGAUUCUAAUGGAAAAGCUAAAAACUGCCACCAUAAGAAAACACCGCCAAAACUUGCUUUACAGAAUGUCAGCCAGCCUGAACAAGAAAUUACCAGUGUAACCUCAAGGGCUCAAGAUGAAAAAGUUACCAGGCUACCUUCAAGCACAGAAAAAGAGUUAUCAGAAGUUUCCACACUUGAUAAGUCUGAAAGAGGGAGAAGUGCUAUGCCAGAUAGGCCAAAUAAUCAAAUUCCUUCAAAAGCACAAGUAGCAAGAAACCGCCAUCAGAGAAGAAAUGGCCAGAGAAAGCGUAACAAUUCAUUAUAA